GCGCUGCGAAGAUUUGGGAGGCGCGGAUUACAUAACUGUGGCUAUAAGAUGGCGGGGCCGCUUCGAGUCCUCUCAGCUCAGACCGUCGCACUCCCCACUCGAUCUCUCUGUACCACCACCACAGCAGCCAACCCCACUCAGUCCAUCUUCCACCACAGUUUCUGUCUCUUCACGACCGUCGCAUGAGCGUGCAGAAUCUUAACACCUUCGACCCCUUCGCAGACGAGGGCGACCCGCUCGGAAGCACCCAGGACGUUGGAUCGCAGCAGAAUUACAUCCAUAUCCGCAUUCAGCAGCGGAACGGUCGUAAGACCUUGACUACCUUGCAGGGUUUGCCCAAGGAGUACGAUGCUAAGAAGCUCCUGAAGGCAUUCAAGAAGGAAUUCGCUUGCAACGGCACUCUCGUUGAUGAUGAGGAGGCUGGCCAAGUCAUCCAACUCCAGGGUGAUCAGCGUCUGAAGAUUUCCACCUUCCUCACCGAGGAGGGCAUUCCAAGACCACCAUCAAGAUUCACGGGUUCUGAUUUGUCUUGCGCCGAGGCGGAGGUGUAGAGCGUUGGCAUAAUGCGGU